GGACUGGAAUUCCUCCCAAAUUUCAGUUUCAUAUAAGUGCCACUGUCGGGCGCCGAAGCCACCCAAAAGUUCCAAAUGGCGCUUCUGCUUCCUGGCGGGUGCAUCCGAGUAAGGCCACCACUCAGCGAGUCUCGGCCAGCUCACGUUAGACGGAAGCUCACUACUUUUGCUACUGUAUCCCCAACUCGAGGAGAAUCAGUUGACUGGGUCCAAGCAACUUCAUCCUUCUUUGAAGACGACACAAGACCCAUCAUGCUAUUUGACGGUGUUUGCAACUUGUGUAAUGGAGGUGUGAAGUUCGUGCGUGACAACGAUCGAAACAGGAGAAUGAGGUUUGAAGCUCUCCAGAGUGAAGCAGGGAGGAAACUGCUACAAAGAUCGGGGAGAGCUCCUGAUGAUAUAUCUAGUGUUGUGCUGGUUGAAAAGGACAGAUCAUUCAUAAAGUCAGAAGCUGUUGUGAAGAUAAUGGAACACAUAGACCUACCCUUCCCCCAACUAGCAUUCUUCUUACAGUUUGUUCCCCUCUUCAUACGGGAUUUCAUAUAUGACAAUGUUGCAAACAAUCGUUACAGCAUUUUUGGUCGCUCAGAGUCGUGUGAGAUAUAGAAAUUAUAAUACUUGAUCUUCCCUAUAAAAGGUAUGUAUGUAUAUUGCCAAGUGGAGAUCUAAAAUAUCUGAUGACGUCUAGUCUUGUAACUGCAUUUUGAUUACAUUG